AUCUGUUCAACACUCUUGUGAGGACAUCUGUUCGACACGACGACAGAUUCUAAGCGUUCGCGUGAGGACAUCAAUUUCUUGGAACAGUGGGGGUUUCCAGAGGAGCUCAAGUAUUCGAACACCGUCACCUUCGCAGCGAUGUCUCAGCAACACCCAGCAGGUGCGCCCUGUUGUAAGAAGAGUAAGGCUGUGGGUGAGGAUGAGGAUAUGAUUCAGGCAAGCAGUGAGGAGGAGGAGCAGUUCGGCGAAUUUGAUGACGCACAUUCUUGGCGACAUUCAAAAUAGGCUGGAGCAUAUCUCUGUGUUGUAUGGUAUGAGGCCUCCGAGUUGGGGCCACAAUAUGUUCAAGUGGAUCUAUCGAGAAGGAAACGAAAGAGCUGACAGGCUGACAUGGUUGGCCAGAACCAAAAAUAGUUACGUUACGUUCCAUACCUCACUUAUUGAACAUGCGAGUAAAACAAAACUAGACGGCCUCCGUGGAUUCUUCGACGGAGGUCGCUCUGUGGAGGGAUGUGCUGCAGGAUGGUGUAUAGAUUUGUGUGUACACGGGACGUGGCAGUUGGUGGCGGAGGAAGCUGUCUCGCUUGAUGCCUCUGCUUCUGUCAUGUUUUGUGAGAUGAUUGCAGCACAACGGCUCUGUAUGGCCGUGGAGCACAUUUUGGGUAGCAUCUUUCAUCCAAGCAGCUGACUCAUUUCAUCUUGCUUGGAGCUCUCCAACACCUUUACAUUUUCACAUGUUGUAUUGCAUCCUUUUCCUUGUUCCUGCAUCCUAUUCCGUUGCCUAUGCCUCAGUGGCUCGGCAGUGUGAUGAUAAGAGUUGCCCUCUCCAGCUACCCUGUGCUCCGUUUGGGAGUCUUAGGGCUCAGCUGUCACAGCUGUCCGCGCCCUGACUCAAACUCAAAAACCAGGUUGACGGUUUACCGCCGGCGCC